AUGGCGCAGAGAAGGAGGAGGUCGGAACAGGAGGCAGACGGUCAGACUUUCACUUCUCUCAUGGACGUCUACUCGCCCCUCCUCUUUCCCCAGCAGCAGCGUUACUUGGACGUCAACCCUCCGCUUGCUCGAGACAGCUGGAGUGGUCCUGCCAGCUUCCUGCCUGAGAUCGAAGCUCUUGCGGGCGCCGGCAAGGAAGACGUGCAGGACUGGGAAGAAGAGCAGGGCCUGCGGAGAAGGGUGGCAAGCUUGGUGCUGGGACAUCAGUCGAGAAUAUUCAGCGAAAAGCUCGCCUUCACUCACGAGACGAUCCUCCUUGUCUACGAGACUGUCGACCUCUUGUGGCCUCUGCUGCGCAAGAACCGGAAGCUGUACCUCGAGGCCGCUCGGCAUGUUGCCAUCCUGCAGAAUGCGCUCGCAACGUUGGUGGGGAAGAAGUUCACAGAUUGGGAUGCGAGCAGGCAUGAAGAAGAACAUACGACAGAGAAGCUCACGCGAAGUUUGGAGGAGAUGGAAGAGCGAAGCGUCUGGUUGCAGGAGGCUCUCGUUCAGGCGCUGAAGGCGAACGAGGACCGCAAGCGGAUGGAGGAGGAGGUUCAGAAGCUGCGGGAGGAGGUGAGGAGGCGAAGGCAGGAGGAGCUGCGCCAAGAGGGCAGGGCAGGAGGGUUGAAGGAGCAGAUCGCAAUCCUGGAGGAUAAAUUGCUUGACCGGCUGAAGGCGCUGGAGGAGGAGGAGAAGAAGCGGAAAGAGAGCGACUUCUUGAAGCAACAGUACAUGGACCGGAGAAGGAUGGAUUCGCUGAUGGGCCUCAGGGAGCUGGAAGCGCGACUAGAGUCAGUCUCAGCGUCUACCCUCCUCUCGGCCAGGCGCGCUGGUCGGCUGGAAGAGCAGGCAACGAGACUUGAGGGAGAGCUCGAGAGAAGCAGAAGAGACGUGGAAGAGGCGAUGGAGGCGAGCAGACUGUGCCUGACCGAGAUGCGGCGAGAGAGGGAGGAGAAGGAGCUCUUGACUUCGACUGUUAUCGAACUCGAGGAGAAGCUGAGGGAGGAGGAGGAGAAGAGAGAGGCCCUCGAGGCGCAGCGGCAGGGUCACGUGCUGGCUGUAGCAGAAGAGCGUCUGAGAGGACAGACAAUGAGAGCAGAGCUCGAAGAGGCGAGGAAGGAGACUGCUGAGUCGCUUGUUCGCUUCCUCUCCCUCGAUAAGGAGAAGAUGCAGGCAGAGCUCGCGCUCAAGAUUGAACGGGAGGAGAAUGUGAGGCUGAGAGAGCUGAACGACAGCUGGGAGAGGCUUGUCAAGGAGUUGCGAGACGAAGCUGGGGAGUACCAUCGAUUGCGUGACAGCCUGAAGCAUGAGGAGGAGAAGAAGAUGCAGGAGAGUGCGAGGACGCGGCUCUUUUUGUCAGGAUGGAGACAGCUGGGAGAGGAGGUGGCUGCGUGCUCGCUCCUCCUCCUCCACGAGAUUCAGCGCCUGCAGUGCGACUCGACUGAACGCGAGCAGUCAGAGCGAGAGCAAGAGGAGGAGAGACGCGCGUGGAGGCGAGAGAGAGAGGAGCUGAAGAUCGCAGUCGACUAUGCGGACGCCACGGUGAACAACCUGAACAAGAAGCUGAAGGAGUUGCAGGGCAUGAGCGAGCAGCUCCAGCGGGAAAAGGAGCAGGUUGAGCAACAGCUGAGCAGAAUGGAUGAGACGCUGUCGCGUGAGAUGGCGAGAGUGACGGCGAUGGGAGUAGAACUGGAGAAAAAGAAUGCGAGCCUUGCGAUGGCAGCGAGCAAACAGGAGAGCUUGGAAGCGGUCUUGUCGGAAGAGAGGAUGCGGACGGAGAAAGUGAUGCAACUUCACGACACUUUCACUGAGAGCCUAGCUGGGAGCCUGCAAGACCUUGAGCGCAUGAGGAAGAAGCUGCGGGAGGAGGAGGAGAUGCACAAGCACACAGCCUUGGAGGUAGAGAUGAAGGUCCGUGAGCUCGAAGACGCGCUGGAUACAGCGAGGACUUCAGACUCGAGACGGUCAGAGGCGAUGAAUCGGUUGCAACAGCAGCUGCAAGAGGAGGAGGAGAAGAUUCAAAGUCUCAAUGUCGAGCAACAACGUCUUCAGCCGAGUUACCUCAACCUCGUUGAUAAGCUUACAGCAGCUGAAGGGCUCGCGAAACUCCAGCAGCACGAGCUCGAUGGUCUUCGCAUGGAGGUCGCGCUGCUGCAAGUCAACGCGAUGAACGAGAGGCAGGAGCUCGAAGAGGUGCAAGACCCAUGA